CACUGCGCUACCAAACAUUAUACGUGGGCGCCUGCAUGGACUGUGAGAUCCAGAACAGCACUAUAUCAUCCGACUAGACAUUGACUGAGGACAUAGGCGACACUCCGUAAUGAUCUGGUUCUGCGAUGAGACUUGGGGGUUGUUCCCUUGUAGUCAUGAAAAGCACGUGGGCAGAAUCGGCCACCCGGAUCCCGCGCCUUCGUCAUCACGCAUUUGGCGACCAGCUUUCUUUGCUUCCAGCAGAGCUCUCAUCCAUUCACAGACAUCUCCAGGAACCGUAGAGCUUCCGCAUAAGCCGCUGGCAACGUCAUGGGUGCCGUGACAAUAUAACAUCUAUAGUAGUUUCGAGGUAAGGUCCAUCUUCAUCCCAUUAUCCCGUGACAUCUUUCUCUAUUCAGACCUUCACCAAGACUUCCGUCACAUCAGCACAACAUGGAUCCUAAAGGCUUCCUUCCUGCGCAUAUGCAGACCAAGAUGACCGGUGGCAGCUCUCUCACGCACCCUCUGGCCCAUGCGGGCGAAGAUCUGAGUAGAACGGGGACCGCGGAAAGCCCUCUGGCAACAACCCAAGGGCAGGACAAGCUUACAUCUGGCACGGGACGCGACACGUCAGCGACUGCCGGCAGUGGUAUGGGAGGUGAGGCGGCUAAGAACCGUGGCAUAACCACCGACAGUCGGGCCGAAGACAUCGCCGGUGCACGUCAGGACUACGAGGCCGAUCGUAGAGCACCAGCCGCAACUCGAGAAACGUAUCCGCCCCAGGCUGCUGCAGCACACCAUGAUCCGUAUCAAAAGGAUACCCAGCAAAGCGGAUACGGCCGCGACACGACGAAAGCAGCCAAUGAGUUGUACGAUAAGCGCGACAAACAGCCGACACAGGCGGGUACUGGCGCAGCUAUUGCCGUAGAGGAUCCGUACGCGAAAAACUCCAAGCAAGGCGAGUAUGGUCGGGACACAACACAAGCAGCAAAUGAAAUAUACAACCAGCGCGAUACCAAGCCCACGCAAGCCGCUACUGGUGCAGCUAUGAGCGCAGCCGAUCCCUAUGCGAGUCACUCCCAGCGAGGUACACACGGCCGUGACACAACGCAAGCAGCCAACGAACUGUACGACAAUCAGCGUGCCGCACCGCCGGCGCAAAGUGCCACGGGCUUAGAAACGCACGAUCCUUAUAAUGCCGCACGUCAAGCCGGCGCGCUACUAAACCGAGACGAUAUCGCAGAGAUCGACCGGGAGACGGAGAUGGCUGGUCUCGGAGCUGGUACUGGUGCUGGUGCCGCAGCUGGGAUGGGUGCCGGCGCCAUCGCGUCUUCGGGUCGCGGCUAUGAGCAGCCAACACAUGCUGCUGGCUCGUCGGUCGAUCCUUCUACCGGAGACCGUCGCUACCAGCAGUCAACGGGCGAAGGCUAUGGUUCCGGUGCCGCACCUUUCAUCGAAGGUAACCCAGAUACCGGCUUCACCGCUGGCGGCGAGCCUGGUUUGGGACGCGGCAUGGCGGGGCGCGACGUGGCAGAGAUGCCAGGUUCGGGAGCGGGCGUAGGUGCGGGCAUGGCGCAGCGUGAGUUGUCAGAAAUGUCUGGUUCAGGUGUUGGUGCAGGUGCAGGUGCAGGCUCUGGCAUGAGCGGCGUGAGCGGCUACGAUCAGUCAAGCGGUGCCCCGAUAGGCCAAGCUGUACCAAUGACCAGCUCAGGAACCAGCGCGGCGACCGGCUUCGAUAAGGCGACAGAUGGAGUAGGCGGUCCGGGCGGGCUCAUCCACGGUCACCACUCCACCAUUACUGGCGAGAGGCUUGAUCCGCACCUUGGGCAGUGAUGAGCCAGGGUCGCGGCUACUUUAUCAUAGAAGGGAUGAAAAGCAGAUAGUCAUUGUCA